AUGUUAUUAAAUACUGUGAAAGCCGUUGGUUUUAAAGUAUUACACAAUAAGAAAAAUAAAUUAGGUUUACCUAAUCACAGAAACAAAGAGAUGAAAGAAAAAAUAAAACUCUUAAAUUUUAAUAUAAACCAUCUCUCCAACAAAAGAGAAGAACUCGAGAUUCUCUUGAAGAAGAAAAAACCAAAAAUUAUGUGCCUUCAGGAGACAUGGAGACAAUCUGUAUUCCCCUCAAGGCUCAAAAAAUAUACUGCUGUAGAAACUACUAGUAGUGGAAAAAAUAAACCAGGAUUAAUCACUCUGGUUAAAAAAAUUGGAGCUAUUAGAUGCUCCAAGAAAGGGACCGACUCAAACAUACUGCAAACUGUGGUUGAGUUUUGGCCAGUAGGCAAAUGGAUUAAGUACUUAAUCAUCAAUAUUUAA